UACUGUCUAAGGAAUAAACCGCCUAGUUCAUACAAAAGAGAUUUUGCAAAUUGCAACACGAUAUGUCCUGGUAGUAACAGCACAUAUUGCGGGGGAGUGAACAUCUCUUAUGCAGUUACAUAUGUUACAAUUUCGACAUUAGGUUGCCCUCCAAGCGUAAAUAUUCCAUUUGCACAAAUAACAGCAAUUGUUGGACGACAGAAAAUACUGACUUGUGAAGUUGGGUCACCAAUUGAUUCUGUGGACCAUAUUAAGUGGAUAUUUACAUCCGUUACAGGAUCGACAUACAAUCCUGUAACUACGUCACCAUUUGCUUCACAAAAUAAGUACGAAGGAUCUACGACAAACAAUCCUUCUUUGACCAUCAAUGACGUGGAGCUAACAGACCAAGGGGAAUAUAGAUGUUGGGCCAAAAAUAUGUUUGGAAAUAGCACAAGCAACAUGACACAACUUAGUGUAAUAGAGAUGAGUGACUCAUCAACUUCUACACUAUCAGAAACACAAAGUACUGUGUUAAACAAUGAUAGAAGUACACGAAUAUAUACAAAAAGUAAAACAGCAACGGCUGAUAGUUCAGUUACUACGGUCUCACAUACACAAAGUAGUGUGACAACAGCAGGAAUGAGACCCAAACGGUUGCUGUGUAGCUGUCAGAAAAGAUUCGUCAAUACCAAAUGGCAUUUUCUUGAUGGCAAAGAUAUUUCAGAUGCUGAACUAAGACAACUGGUCUUGGAAGAUUUCGACGCUAAUAUAAAACCACUGAUCGCAGUCAAAAAGAAAAAUUUAUCGAAAGCUAUCAGGAAGAGAACAUCGGCAGAAAAUCGCAGAAAAUCUGCACAAUCGGUUGGCUCUGGACUCUCUGUUCUUCUUAUUGUACCAGUAGCAUUGAUUAUAGCAGCGGACCUGUCAAGAUGCUUUUGUUCCAUACGGAAAAAUUAUCAUAGAAAUAAAACCACUAAAAAAUGUAAGAAAUCAGGUCUGUCUAAUACAACUAUCAUUAUAGAGAAUGAAAUUUUUGACCAUGAUGCCUUUUAUGCUGUGAGUGGACGAGCCCAACAGUCGAAAGGUCUGGGAAACAAACCUUUAGAUCACCAUCCUAGAGAUGUGUGUGAUAUCCACAUAAAAAGUGUUCGUUCCCAUGCAAGACACGUUAACAAUGUAUAUGAUAAGUCAGAAAUUGAAGAUAAGACCGAAUUGAGUUUUUCUACUAACCGACAAAAUCAAAGUGUCAAUCGAAAACGUGUAGUAUUUUCUUCAGAUGAAGCUAAUCCUAAAUGCGACUCGAAAACAGCUGAUUAUAAACAGAGAGUUACACUUACCAAAAAACAGAAAACGUCACCGAAAAAAAUAAUAUAAACAAAUGAAAAGAUACAGUGUAUUGUGAGAUAAUACACAUUCAAACUUAAGUAGCGUAUUCAUUCGGGCCUGAUUCAUUAUUUUUCGUUCGAAGCGAUACUUGUAUGUAUAUACAAUAUUACAUUUUAUAAAUCGUUUAAAUUAGUA